AUGGCAAACUUCCAGAACGAGUGGGCCUCCCGCGUUCAAGACGCGUUGUUAGAACGAGAGGCUGGACCCGCGGCUCCCCUGCCGUGCUCAUCUUGCGCUUUCCAGAUCGGCACGCGCGCGGGGGCGGCGACACACGUAUACCGAUGUUUUGACUGCAUGUACCCGUUGCCCCUAUGCAUUACAUGUAUCGUCGCCCAACACUGCAGGCUCCCCUAUCACCGUGUGGAGCAGUGGGACCCAGCCAUUGGAUUUUGGGACCGCGUGGGCCUUGGGGAACUGCCCUCCCCACAUAACCUCGUCCUUCACCUUGGUCACGGUGGCCUUCCUUGUCCAGUUUCGCUCGCCUCACAGCAAAAAAGGGCUAUGACCAUCGUCGACUCGCACGGUCCGCAGACGUUUGAGGUCACCUUCUGCACGCAUGCCUCCUUCGAGCAAGAGCCAAUGGACGAGUCCAUGCAGCUCAUCCAAGCCGGGCUGUGGCCCGCGACAUGGGACACGCCACGUACCGCUUUCACCAUCUCAGCCCUUCGCGACUUUCAUCUCCUAUCCCUGCAGUCGCAAAUAUCCGUUCUCGACAUCUGGAACUACCUCGCACGAAGCAAGGACAAUAUUCGAACGCACGAGAUUGAGAAUCGAUAUGCACAACUGCGGGCUUCGAUGCGCCAGUACGCCUUCGUCAGGUUGACCAAGCGAAAUGGAGUUGACCCGGGAGGCGAGAUGGAAGCUGGAGUCCUCGCCACCCUGUGUUCCUCAUGCCCGCAGCCAGGGAUCAACAACACUGUCCCGGAGCCGCCGGAUCUCAACGAGAAGAAGCAAGAUGAGAGCGAGGAUAAGAGAUACCUCGACGCCUUCUUCUAUAAUAAGGACGCAACCUUCUCCCAGUUUCAAAAAAUGAAAGCUGUCGAUCCACAGGACAAGGCUAUGACACGCAACGGAGGGUUCUUUGUCCACGAGGAACAGGCGGCGGUCAUUCUCAAGGAUGCAGAGGCGGAAGCUCCCGCAGAGGUACGUGAAUCCACAUGCAACAAGUUCGGGGCCAUGGGAUAUCAGCGCUAUGCUGGUACUGUUUCUGGACUCCUCGCAAUGACAUGCUCCCGACACAUGAUGACGAUGAGAAACAGCGUUGUCGACCUGACGAAAGGUGAAGCGUUCAAGUACGCAGACCUCAGUGAAGCCAGUGCAAUCAAGCCGUACCUCACCCUCCCGAUGCUCGUCUCCGGCUACGACAUCAAUUGUCAAUAUCACCGGAAUUAUGACACGCGGAUGGACGAGCUCAUGUCUACCUGGUCGGAGCUCAUGGGGUGCCUCCCCAGCGUCGCCGAGUGGGAGAAACUUCCUUACAUGCUUAUCGCCGUUGGCAAGUUCCACCUACCUGCCCACCAAGCCAGCUGUCGCUACAAGUUCUCUUACAACUACCUCCCCGGCGCUGCACGUACCGAUGGUGAAGCGUCUGAACGGAUGUGGGCUGCUAUAUACCAGCUAGCCACACGAAUACGGGAGAUGGGACCAGGAUCUCGUCACGAUGCGCUGAACGACAUCUGGAACGACCAGAACGUCCGUCAUUUGCACACAAUGAGUCGGGACCUCUCUGCAAGGUACAACACCAGUGAAGAGUUCAUCGCAGACCUCGAGCGCCAUCUUACAGCUCUCGAGGCCACAUUCAGUCCCGAACGGCUUGCACAGCUCAAGGAGCAAGAGGCUGCGUUCAAACUCGCAGUAGUGGACAUGGCGAAUCACGACAGCCUUGAGAACAUUUACGAUAUCAAUAUCGAGCAGGUGACGGAUGCAAAGGAUGCGACCAAAAGCCAGAAGGCGCGCAAGGCGUCGUCAACAACCCGUCGGGAGGAAAAGAUCAUGCAAGCCCUCGACGAGGGUGCUCGCCUUCAGGUAGAACGUGAAAAACUCCUCAAAGCGAUUAUGCUCAAGGGCAGGGUCCCGUCUAGUGUUGUGGAUCAGCAAGCCGACUUUCUCAAGCGAUAUGCGGAGUGGUCCCCACUCUGGGACGCCCACAUUCAGCCCGCAUUACAAGAUGCAGCCUUGAUGAUCUCCGAAGAGGACGCCCCCAAGACCAACUUCCCCCGACUGUCUGAAGCUGCCUGGAAGGCCCCACGCGCCAAGCGCAAGGCCUCUUUGUGGAAAGAGGUCUACAAUGCCGAUAUCGCGCUUCCUUCUUCGUUCCAUGAAACGGUACUGAAGGAGACCCCAGCUGUGCCUCUUGUGGAAGCGGAGAUCAAGAUUCGACGAGAUGAGGCCCGGGAAGCACUCGACGAGGUCCGCACUGCACUGAUCCUCUCGUUCUCUGUGAAACUUAGCAAAAAGCAUGCACGGAGCAAGAGGGUGCGCACAGAGAUCUCCUCUACCCUCGGAUCGGCUCGCGGCGACGUGCAGGCGGCAGCACACAAGUACCGAAGGGUCGUCAAAUGCCUCCUCCGUCUAGGCGUGCCACUGGAUGACCCCGCAGUCCAUCCGCUCGAAGAAACCGAUCUCAAGGCGAUGGUCAUUUCGGCUCAGGGGGACCAGUCGUGGAUCUGGGACAGUCUUUCAGUCGUCGACAAGGCUGGGACGGCAGCACAUCAGCGGUACAAGGACCAGAUCGAGAGCGUCCACUGGUUCCGCAUACAUGCGAUGCUCACGAGGUGGCGGGAGGAGCGCAAGCUGUUGCGGCGUGAGAUGUGGAGAACUGCGGUGUUCUUCGGCUUUUUCAGGCAGCAUUGGUUGCAAAAUGCGGAGCUGCAUGAACACUCCCGCGAACGAGGCAAGGCCGCAUAUGCCAAAAAGUAA